UGUAUAGUGUAAUAAAAAAAAAUGCUGUAAAUCUGGUAUCUGUCUCUUUCUCUUGCCCACUCCAUCUUGCCUGAAUCUUGACAAUUUUUACCUUAAUUUCUCCAAAAUCCCAAAAAACAUAAUCAUUUGAUUUCUAUGUUUAUGUCCCAACACAUUUUUCAAAUCACCCCAUUUUUAAAGCCAUUUGAUUUCAUUGAUCUGUAAUCAAGAACAAGAAAAUGAUGUUCUUGAUUUGAUCAUGCAUUUGGUUGAUUGAUAUGGGAAUGUAGCAUUUGAUCAUUAUAAAGAAUUGGGUAUGUGCUUUUUUAUUAAAAAAGAUUGAAACUUUAUUAUAAAAUUAUUUUAUUUAUUAGCAUUAUUUACUUAAAAAUGCAAUUUUUUGAUCUUGAAAAUGCUAAAGAUUGGAUAUUUUUUGAGUUGAUUUAGGAAUAAUGAUAAUAUAUUCGGUGUAAUCUCACGUGGGGUCCAGUGAAGGUACCCCUAUCUAUGUAGGGUAGAUAAGUUGUUUUCGAUAGACGCUCAGCUUAAAAGGGAAGUUAUUUAUAGAAAUGGUUCUUGAUUUGAUCACACAUUUGAUUGGUUGAUAAGGGAAUGUAGCAUUUGACCAUUAUAAUUGGGUAUGUGCCUUUUUUUUAAAAAGAUUAAAACUUUAUUAUAAAAUUAUUUUAUUUAUUAGCUUAUUAUUAUCAUUGUUUACUUAAAAAUGCAGUUUUUUGAGCUUGAAAAUACUAAAGAUUGAAUAUUUUUUGAGUUGAUUUAGGAAUAACGAUAAUAUAUUCGGUGUAAUCUCACGUGGGGUCCAGUGAAGGUACCCCAUCUAUACAAGGUAGAUAAGUUGUUUCCGAUACACCCUCGGCUUAAAAGGGAAGUUAUUUAUAGAAAUAGUUCUUGAUUUGAUCAUUAUAAAAAAUUGGUAUGUGCCUUUUUUCAAAUAGAUUGAAACUUUAUUAUCUAGUUCUUUUUAGUUUCUUAUUAUCAUUGUUUACUUAAAAAUGCAUUUAUUGAGCUUGAAGUUGCUAAAGAUUGAAUUUUGUUUCCAUCUUUGUGCUUGUUUUUUCUUUGAUAGGUUGAUUUAGGAAUAACAAUAAUAUAUCUGGUGUAAUUCCAUAAGUGGGGUCCGGUGAAGGUACACCUACCUUUGUAGGGAUAGAGAAGUUAUUUCUGAUAGACCCUCGGCUUAAAAGGAAAUUAUUUAUAGAAAGGUUGAUGGGUUGAUUUAAGAAUAUCCUUAAAAAAGAAAGGUGGUUGGUAAUUGCAUUUUAGUAUCAUGUGGUGUAUUUUUAGCUUUAAUUGGUAAAUGCCAAAAUUCUACUAUGAUUUUAAUUGUUAAAGAUGCUGCAGAAGAAGUAGUUAUGUCAGAAAACUAUUAUACUCCAUCUGUUUUAAUUCGUUUGUCUGAUUUUGACUUGACACAAAACUCAAGAAAGUAAAAAAGACUCUUGAAUCUUGUGGUCGACCUUAAACUAAUGAUAUGUUGAAUGUACGAAAAUGCCCUUUAAUCUUGUGGUGUUAAACAGAGUUGACGAGAAAGAAAAGAGACAUUCUUUAUGAAACGGAUUAAAAAGGAAAGUAGGACAAAAAAACUGAAACGAAGGGAGUAUUAGUAGUAUUUAUUGUAUGUCUUGUUUUUGAGUCAUACAAAAUAUUUUGGGAGUUGUUUUUAUUAGACAUGAUGAGACAGUUUUAUGCAGUGUAGCUUAUUGUUGAAAAUUAUUUACUAUAAGGGUCCCAUAUAUGAAAACAUUCAACUUUGGGAUACUGUUCUACUAUCCUAAAGUAAUUUACUUGUGGAUGGGGCUCUUUCCCUAUUGAUGGCUGCACAUUUUCUUGGAUAAGGAAGAUGUGGUUAUGUAAAUAAAUAUAUUGCUCGGUCUCUUCAAAAAUGAUGUCGCACAGGUGUCGGAAUCGGAUCCUCCAAAAGUCGGCAUUUUUGAAGAGUCCGAGUGACAUUUAGUCGAAUAAGUUUGGAGAGGAUCUGCUACCAUGUUAUGGAGUAGUACUAAAUGCUGAAGGUUAUAAAAGAUUUAAACUAUCUGUUAGCCUUUUCUUGGUACUUUUGUUUUGUUUACUGAAUCCUUUUUGAUUUGUCCUGAAGGAAACUUAUUUAGUGUUGGAAUGAAAUAGACCGAAUAGAGCUCAUGGUAUACACGACAUAUGACGACGUGGUUAUAGUACAGUAUGUUGAUUCGAUGUUUAAUACCAUAGGGAACGGCUCAAUCUGUAAUUAUGUCUUGUCACUCUUCAAAAAUUUCAUAGGGUGCUUGUCGGAUCCUUCAAAAGUAGUGCAAUUUUGGAGGAUCCGACACGGGUGUGGCAACAUUUUUGGAGAGUCCGAGGCUCCGAGCAACUUAGGUUGCAAGCAUUUAUGGAAUCUUUGAUGACUUGCCAAUUUUUUUUUUUAUACAUGUGCUUGUAAACCUGGUCAAUGCUAUAUAGAGAUCAUGGUCCUUUUGCAUCCAUGUUAUAUUAAACGAAAGGAGGUUGUCUGGCAGUUGAAGGUGUUGGAGUGACAACAUUGGGAAGUAAAGGUUGAAUCCCAACAGCGACCACGCUAGGUGAAUUCUUCCUAUCUGUUUAAGACUUAAUUGGACAGAGUUACUCGUUAUUGGUGCGGGUGGAAGGUAGCAGGAGCCUUGUAAGUCAUCGGUGCAUGCAAGUUGGCCGGACACCACCAAUAUCAAACAAAAAAUCAAUGUGCUAAAGCAGUUUCCUUAGGAGAUAGAACUUCUAAUUGUCGAGGUGGCUUUGGCUGAAAACGGAGUGUUAAAAAGGGAACAGAAUUGAUUGGCAUUCUAGUUUUCAUAGAGCUCUUUUACUAAUAUUCACAUGAUCAAAAGAGCAUGUGCAACCUUUUCUUUUGACAGCGUUACGCUGCUCGUGAAAAUUUCUGAAAUUUUCAGUUCUAUGGGAAAGAGGACGAAAUGAUGUAGUUUUGAGCUUAGUACUUGAUGGCGAGAAGCAAGGGAGCGGGAGCUUAGCCAGGAUAUUCGACAGUUGUCGCCUUCCAUUUAGGACAAUUAAAACUCGAAGAAUUAAGUAGAGUGACUGGAGGGAAGUUGUAGUUCAUGGUGCUUUGCAAGUCCACUUCGAAAAUUUUAUGACCACUCCAUCUCCUGAUAGAACUUUUAGUGCCGAGACCUUUUGUGUAGCCGUCACCUGCCUUUGAAAUUCAUCCGAGUGCCUAUACCUGCUCAUUCCGAGUAGUUAUGGUGUUCUAGCUUCCCAUUUUGUGUGGUGAAAAAGAUGGCAUUCAUUUCUGAGGAAGAGAAAAAAGAGGAUUACCUUUUCAAGAUUGUAUUGAUUGGUGAUUCUGCAGUUGGUAAAUCAAAUUUGCUUGCUAGAUUUGCUAGAGAUGAAUUCUAUCCAAACUCAAAAUCGACAAUUGGAGUAGAAUUUCAAACACAAAAGAUAAACAUAAACGGAAAGGAGGUUAAAGCACAGAUAUGGGAUACGGCUGGUCAAGAACGAUUUAAAGCAGUCACUUCUGCAUAUUACAGAGGUGCAGUUGGAGCACUUCUGGUUUAUGAUAUUAGUAGGCGCCUGACGUUUGAUAACAUUGGUCGAUGGCUUAACGAACUUCAGACUCAUUCAGAUAUGAACGUGGUCAUAAUACUCGUUGGCAACAAGACCGAUCUCAAAGAUGCCAGGGAGGUUACAACAGCUGAAGGCAAAGCUUUGGCUGAGGCGAAGGGUCUAUUUUUCAUCGAAACAUCAGCUUUGGAUUCAUCGAAUGUAGCUUCUGCUUUUCAGAUAGUUGUUAAGGAGAUCUAUAAUAUUCUAAGCAGGAAGGUUAUUCAAUCUCAAGAGCUCCAGAAAAAGGACUCCGGCCGGCUAGCAAAUGGUAAAACUGUUGUUUUGCAGGCUGAUGGAAAUCAAGAAACAGUUGCAGAAACAAAGAAAGGUGGAUGUUGUUCAUCAUAAGUAA